GCGGCAGUGAGUAGAUGAGGUGUUUGCUUUGUGGCAGGUGAAUGACUGUAUUUUCAUACUGUCAUUUUCUUCAGAUGCGGUUCAUUGCAGGGGGGUUAUUUGAACAAUGAGACGACUGAACCGUAAGAGGGCUCUCAGUCUAGUGAAAGAGCUGGAUGCCUUCCCUAAAGUGCCAGAGAGCUAUGUUGAAACAUCGGCUUUUGGGGGAGCAGUGUCAUUGACUGUUUUUGCGUCCAUGGCACUUCUGACCGUUUUGGAAUUCUUCGUGUAUCAAGACACAUGGAUGAAAUAUGAGUAUGAAGUGGAUAAAGACUUUUCCAGCAAAUUGAGAAUAAACAUUGACAUCACAGUUGCGAUGGAAUGCCAGAUGGUUGGGGCAGAUGUGCUGGAUCGGGCAAACACCAUGGUUUCUUUAACGGAACUCAGAUACGAACCUGUAAACUUUGAGCUGAACCCUUGGCAAAGGUUUUGGCAAAAGACAUUGUUGCAAUCCCAGAGCAAACUCAGAGAGGAGCAAUCCCUUCAACAUGUGCUUUUUAGGGAUGCAGUAAAGGAGUUUCUCUUUCCCCCAGUUCUGCGAAGUGAUUCUCUUUCUGGAUCUCUCAAUGCCUGCAGAAUACUUGGACAUUUCUACGUCAACAAAGUCGAGGGGAACCUCCACUUCACGCUGGGCAAGGCCGUACAUUAUUCUGGAGGUCAUGCACACUUUGGGUCUUUACUCACAAAUAAUGUUCAAAACUUCUCGCAUCGAAUAGACCAUCUUUCCUUUGGAGAAGUUGUCCCAGGACGCAUCAAUCCUCUGGACGCUACAGAGAAAAUUACAUUAGAACGGGAGCAGCGGUUUCAGUAUUUUGUCACUAUUGUUCCUACCAAACUGCGGACGUCUGAGCUAUCUAUAGACACGCAUCAGUAUUCUGUCACAGAGCAGGAACAGGUAAUAAACCAUACAUCAGGCAGCCAUGGUGCAUCAGGAAUCUUUGUGAAGUAUAAGCUGAACCCUCUGAUGGUGAGAGUGACUGAGGAGCACAUGCCUAUAGGAAAGUUCCUUGUGCGGCUAAGUGGAAUUAUUGGGGGCAUCUUUUCCACCUCAGACUUGCUCCACAGGCUGGUUGGCCUUUUUGUGGACAUUGUAUGCUGUCGCUUUAAUCUAGGUGCCUUAAGGCCAAGACAGGUCCUGUCUUAAUCUCAAGAUGGAAAAUAAAAAAAUAAGGGUGCUUUGUAUGUAAGUGUAUAUGUAAGAAGGUUUUUUCCAGUGCUUUUUAAUAGCUCCGUUAUUACCUAAGGAUAAUUUAACUUUUUUUAACUUAUUUUCUUUAAACUGUGUUGUGUUAUGAUUUUCAUUAGGCACUCAGAGAAAGAUCAUAUUUUUACAGUUUCAGGUCCAGAAGCAGUUUUAUUUGCAAUUUUGUGUCUUAUAUUCAACACUUUGAAUUAAUGUUGUGUUAGAUCCUAACUGCUCAAUCCCA